AUGACAAAAAACAAAAAUUUUACCGUUACAAUAAAUAGUUUUUAUUUAAAAAAUUUUUUAACGGCCGAAUUCACAACCCAAUCGAAAGAAUAUUCGCUUUACGACUCGAUUCGAGGAAACACAAAAUUAAAUUCGAUAGGAGUAGCAGAAGAAAAAUCUUUUUUUAACGAAUCUAAUACGAAAAUAAUGGACGCUCUUAUUAGUUUUCAAUCGUUAGAAUUUCAAACGUCUCUAAGAAAUCCCGAACCUUCGACAAAAUCCGUCGUUUUGCACGAUUUAAACAUAAAAGACACGAAGGGAAAUAAAUGGAAUUAUUGUGGGCGACAAAUUCCCCUGCAAAAUAUUAACGGAACACAUUUUUCUGCUCUUCACGUUCAACUUCAACACGAUUCAUGUUCAUAA